CGCGGGGCGACUAGUGGACCGAAUGAUCCCGGAAGGCGUAGUCCUUGCACGUAGUUGGCACAGGCGGAUUAUUUAGUAAAUUCGGGUUCAGUUGACUAUUUGCACUUAGAGAGAGAAAAAAAAACAUGAAACCUGAGAAAUGGAAAAGACAUCAGAAGAGAAGUGGGAGCUUCUUUCGGGCCUCUACCAGCAUGGCUCCAAUGUUGAGGCACUGGCCAAGACCCUCCCAACCUGGACCCGUUCUGAACUAAGCAUGAUCAUCCAGCGAUACAGGCUGAAGGCUCAGAAGCAAAGAGAGAAAAAAUCAGAAGGCGAGACAGACCUGGAGAAGUGGUUUGACUUCAGCAUGGACCUUCAUGAACUUCAGGGGACCACCAAUAAGACCCGGGGUCAGAGGGGGCGCCAGGCCUUGACUCACAUUCCUCAGGAUCAUGCACCUCUUUUGAGUAAGGUUAUGAUGUAUAGUGCUUGCUUUGAGGAACACUGGAAAGGUACUAAGCCAGAAGAUCCAAACUACAGUGAAAUAUACAGAUAUCUGUCUCAACUUUUAAGUGGAAAUGAGCCAACCCACCUCAGUCCAGGGAGUGCAGCCAAGGUGUUGGAGAUGCUGAAAAGAAUCAAACAGGUGACCAGUGAGGAGUCAGUCGCUCCCUACCUUCAUUACCUCCAGCAGCUGCCUGUGCCAUCCAUGAAAUCCAGUUCACAAAAGGGUGGUCAGAAGAAGAGUACCCAGAAGCAAAAGAAUAUAGAAAGUCCACUGCCCAACUGCCCACUCUUCCAGGAUACAGAUGAUUACUUGAAUUUCAAAGAAUUGGAACCAAAGGACCCAUAUUAUGAAGUCAAGAGAGAAGAAGUUGUAAAGAAGCUGGAAACCCUGCAACAAGAAUCAGCUGCCCUACUCCAAAAUGUGCCUGGCCUCAACCCAAUGGAAAUUCCAGCUGAAAUGAUGCUCAAACCACCAUUCACUACCUGAAACUCUUUCAUUUUCCUUUACUACAAA